AUGAAUCAAACAGAGGAUAUGCAAAAUGGUCAGUCUGAAAUGCUAGUGAAGACUGCAAAGGAAGUCUGUGCUGAGGGUUUGGUUGUAAGUGGAGGGGGAAAGGAUGGCAUCUUUAUCAAGGAAGUAAAACCUGAGUCGCCUGCCUCAAAACAUCUAAAUGUGAAAGAAGGUGAUCAGAUAAUUAGUGCUACAGUAUACUUUGAUAAUGUGUCUUAUGAAGAUGCCCUCCAGAUUCUUGAACAUGCGCAACCAUAUAAAGUGGAGUUCUGUCUAAAACGCAAACCAGUUCCAACAAGAACACAAGAAGAUGUUGAGACAAUGAGGCCAGAUGUAACCAUUGGCGAGGAGGCUGAGGGAGAGGAAGUUGGUGAAGCAGAAAUGAGAGGCAGAGGAAAGACAAAAAAGCAACAUGAACGCAUCUCUUGGCCAAAAUUCCCUUCUUUUAGCAAGGGUUGUAGGGCAAAUUUUAAGAGAUCUCACAGCACAUCAGAAGCAGACGAACAGAGGAAAUUAGAGAUAAGUCCACCGACAAGUGACACAGAUUCACCUCUUAAAUCUCCAUUAAAAUCUCCAGAUGGAAAAGAUAAGAAAAAGAUCCACAAAAUGAAGCUUAAGAUGAGAAUGACAGGUCGCAGGAGCAAGUCAGUUGAAGAGACCCCAGAAAAUGGAAAGGAGCUUACAACAGACAAUAUGGAGGUCUUGGAAAACCAAACAUUUGUGAAUAUUGCUGAAGAACACAGCUUUCAGGAGCCAGUGAUUAAUUUGGUAGAGAGUCCUAAACUAUUGAAUGAAGCUGAUAAUACUGAGCCUACUAAAACUAGAAAUGAGAAUACAUUCCCAACUUUGCCAAUGACUGAAUCAUUGCAUAAGGUUGAGCUCAUUAGCUUGGACAAUACAUUAAAUACUACUGAUAUUACAGUUGCUCUAGGGCAGGAUAGCAAAGAAAGGAGAGAAACAUCGGAAUUAAUGGUUAGCAUUCAAGGAGUGAAUAAAUCUGAAAUAGGAUCAGAGAGCCAAUUAAAGUCUACAUCAAGUGGAAUGAGAUCUUCAGAUCCAUUGACAUAUGACAAUAUUGUGGGCAGCCCCAGCUUAAUAUCACAAAGAGAGGAAGUGAAACAUCAAGUUGAUUCUGAUAGCAAGCUGAAAAUUCAAGAGAUUUUACAGAAGACCCAAGGGCCAGAAGACAUUGACAUGAGCGUGCCUAAAGCUGAUGUUUCCCUGGACAUGUCAGAUGUAGGACUGAUGCAAAAGUCACCAAGAAUUGGCAGUGACAAGGAAAAGAAAGAAAGAAACAUUCUUGAAACAGAAAGCUAUGGGAUUCGAACCAGAGGUCCACUGGGAGCCGCAUCUAAUUGUCAUUUUACAAAAACAGUAAAUAGACUAGAGUUUACAUCAUCAGACUCUAUCACUUUUGAUAUUAAAACGAGGCAGGAUGUGUCCUCAACUGUCACUGACAUGAAGAAUUCAGGCACUCCAACACCUGUUAUAUUCCAGCCAAAACCAAAUGCUCUGGAUGUGGAUAGAAGUGGCAAGAGUACUGGUAGUAGUGCUGAAGUAAUCAACACCUCUGAGUUAACAGAAAAAGCAAAUAUUGAUUCCAUUCUAACUGACCUUGGUAAAAGAAAAGAGUCAAACUUCAAACUUCCAAAGGUGGAUAUCUCUGAAUUUGACCACCAAGAAUCAAUAAUUAUGAGACAGAGAGACUCAACCAAAGCCCCUCUUCUAAAACGAGAGGAAAUUGAGAUUCCUGGGAUGGAGGACAAAGGAUCAAAAGCCAACUUUCACACACCAAGAGUUAAAGAACAAAAAGUUGAGAGGAUAAUAAAAAUCUCAAAAGCUCAGGGGGAAGUUGAAGAGUUUAAUGUUGAGGAUGUAAAGGAAGCAGUAUCAAAAUUCCCAGCAUUUAAAUUACCCGAAAGAGACAUCACAGGUGUCCUUGUACACAGAGAAAUCAAGACUGGUGUGUCACCUAGAGGAUCCCCUUGUAAAAUUUCAAGCAUGAGCACAGAUAUAAGCAGUAAAUUGCUUGAAAACACAAUGGAUAAAGAAAAACUGAUAAGUUCUUCUUUUGUUACAAAAGAUGAAGCCUUCAUAUUACCAAAAACUGAACAACUGCAUCUUCAUGAUGAAACCAGUAUAACUGAGAAAAAAAUAGACAGAUCAAAAGUAAAGUUUGAAGCCCAACAAUCUAAAACUGGUAAAAUUUUGGCAAGGGAUGAUAAGAGAAGUACUUCCUCAGAUGUCAAAUUCAAACUUCCGAAACGUGAAGACAUUGAAAUACCUGGAAUGGAAGCCAUUGUGCAAUCAGUUCAGGUGCAAAAAAUCAAAGUUGCCAAAGAUAUUCAAGAUGAUGCUGUAAAAGUGUAUACUGAUGCAGAUGUAACUGAAUGUUCAAAUAUUAAAGUGGUCAAAAAAGAACAUGCAAAGAAAUCAAAGAAAUCAAAGGUAUCUAUGCCAAGUAUUGGAAUCAUGACACCUGACAUUCGCUUCCCAGAUAUUGGGUUUGAGUUACCAAAAAUGACCACCUCAUCGAAAAGUGAUAAAAUGAAGGAGACGAAAGCAAAAAUAUCACUUGAUGAAUCAAAACAAAAAAAGAUUUCUCGUGAAGAACAUGUAGUCAUCAAACAAUCUGCUGAAAGGACAGCGUUUGAAAAAUCCCAUGGAGGAGAUGUAAAGGGUGAUCAAAUGCUACAUCAUGACGAUAGCACAGUUAUGGAAACCCCAACACAAGAGGUAACUGAGCAGGUGACAUCUGCUAAUGAUAAAGAAAUGAAAGUUUCUGCAUGUGAACCAUCUAUAGCAAAGGCUGAAAUCCAAAGCAAAGACACAAAAACUGACUCCUCUCCACAAAAAAUGAAACUUCCAAAAUUCAAAAUGCCAAAAUUCGGAGGGAAAUCUAUAAAAGAAACAACCAUAAAAGAGGACAUUACGAUGCAAGAAAAUGACAAAAUAGAGGUUGAAUUAGAUUCUGAGAAGAGAACAUCUGAGACUGAUACCAAAGCACAACAUUUCGAAAUAAAUUUGAGCAAAAUAAAAAUGCCUAGUAUAGAUAUUUCUCUUCCAAAAGUAAAAAUCCCAAAGACAGAGGAAAAAGAGCAGGAUGAAACUGGACUCUCAAAGCCUGAAAUUGAUGCAGAUGUUGAAUUUAACAAGGUUUGUAUCCCCAGUGAGACACCAGGAGACACUAAAGAAAGGGUUGGGAAAGUUGAAAUUGAGGUUGAGGCUUUAGAAGAUGCACAAGAGGAUAGUGGGUUUAGACUAAUCAAGUUUGGUAUCUCAUUGCCAACAGAGAAGACAGAAGAAAGCAGUCUUCUACCAGAGGAAACUAUCUCAUCUGAAAGAACUAUCCUCAAGGUUGAUGGAAAAACUGAGUUAGAGUCAUCUGAACUUCCACAAGCAGAAUUCAAAGAAACUGAGUCUAAAAUGAAGAAAAGGAAACUAUCAUUUCCCAAAUUUGGAUUCUCUAAAUCUGAAAAAUCUGAUGCUCACAUAUCUCUUCCAACAGUACACAGCUCUUUUCAAAAGGGAGGUGCUGAUAUAACAGAACUAGAUGUUCAAAGUAAGUCCACCGAGGCAGAGGCUGAGUUAAAGGAUUCAACAGAUUCUCCAACAAAAUUUAAACUUCCCACAAUUAAACUUCCAAAAUUUGGUGUCUCGUUUCCAAAGGCAACCGAUGAUGGGAGUGAUAUUCAAAUGCCUGAGGCUAAGCUUUCUGGAGAACCUACAGCACUACCUGACAUGAAAGACCCAGAGACUAUUCUCAGUGUAUCCAAGCCUAAUGUUGAACUGUCUGUGCCAGACAGAAGAUUACAAAUGACAGAUAUUAACAUUCCAAAAGUAGAUUGCGAACAGAAAAUAGAAAUAAUAUCAUCUCCAGAACAUUCAUUUUCUAAACCAGACAAUGAAGUUGAUGGAGAAUUUCUAUAUGAUAAGCUUUCAAAACCAGACAUCAAAGCUGCAGAGGUUGAUGUCAGUCUUCCACAGAUUGAUCUAUCCAUACCAGGAGGCAAUGUGGAAAUUAAAGAGCCCAAUGUGAAUUUCACCAUUUCAAAGGGUGAGGCUGAACAAAAAGACUUAACAAUUGUUGGUUCACCAGUAAAGUUUAAACUCCCCUCUAUCAACUUGCCAAAGUUUGGAGGUAAAGCAACAAAGGUAGACAAAGAUUUGCCAACUGUGGAUAUAGAUGCUGAAGAACCUGAUGAAAGACUUUCAGAAGAACAAAUAAGCAUGAAACUAAAAGGUAAUGCACCAUCAGGUGAGAUCAAGGAAUCUUAUGUGAUUGUUAAAGGUGUUAGUGUAGGACGAAAGGUUGAAGAUGCAAAGCCCAAAGGACAAGAAGAUAUGGCUAAUCUGCCCAAAUUUGUCAUUAACCUUCCAAAAGUAAAAGCUACAGACACUGAAUUUAGUACAUCAAAGAAAGGGAGAGAUCUUACUUCAGUGGAUGCAAAAACUGAGGUGCAGUCAUCUUAUGAUGAAGUGCCCACAGAAACAUUUGACAAACCAGAAGAUGAUUCUAAAGGACCAGAUGUACCUGUAAAGAUGAAAAGACCAAGCUUUUCACUUCCAAAAUUCGGGUUUUCAAAACCAGACAUUAAGUGUUCUGAGGCAGAUUUGAGCCUUCCAAAAGAUGAUGCCUCCAAACUAGAAGGUAGUAUAGACAGAGAAGAAUCAGUUGUAGACAUGAAAGAGUCAAACACUGAGGCUGACCAGACUGAAAAAGUUUCAAGAGGAUCUCCAUCAAAAUUUAAAUUUCCUACAAUUCAAUUUUCAAAAUUUGGAGUCACAUUUCCAAAGGCUACAGGUUCUGACCUUGACAAGCAAAUGCCUGGGGUCACCAAAGACGAACCUACCAUGGACAUUAAAUUGCCAGAGUCUGAUGUGUGCAGGGAAUUGCCAUCAUUACCUGAAAUGAAAAGUCUAUCUAAACCUGACAUUGAUGUCUCUACACCAGAGGCAGAAAUGUUUGAGGAUGUUCAUUGUGAAAUGAAAAAAGAAAUUAUAUUAUCUCCAGAACUUGCAUUUUCUAAAGCAGAUGUUAAGAUGAGUCUCAUAGGCCAUAGUCUUGAUGAGGAGCCAGCUAAAGAAGAUUCAAUAUCAGGUAUGGAUGUUCAAGCCAAGAAACCUUACACUGAAAUCAAACUUCCUUCACUUAAAGUAGAUGCAGUCAUCCCAAAAGCUACAGAAAAAGAGAGUGAUAUUAAAUUAAAGAAACGGAAGAUGUCAUUUCCAAAAUUUGGAUAUUCCAAAUCUGAGACUAAGACCCCUGAUGCUGACACCAGUCUCCAAAAAGAAGGAAUAGCUGUUCCAGACACUGAGAUCAAAGAGAUUGAUGUGACAAUCCUUGCUCCAGAGGUUGAAGUCCAGGUAAAAGAUAAAAUUACUACUGGUUCUCCAUCUAAAUUCAAGCUUCCAACAAUUUCUCUCCCUAAAUUUGAAAUUUCCAUUUCAAAGACUGUUGAGGAAUCUACUGCAAAUGCGGGUGAUGUAACACAGUCAGAAAUAAAGGACGAAUCAGAAGCUUUGUCACAAAAUAAAACCAAAUUUGAUAUCUCAAAAGAAACAGCAACUCAUGAUACAGAACCAUCAAAACUACAUUUUGAAAGUCAACCAACGGAUGCUGAAAUAAAGACCAAAUAUAUUGAUCCUGGAAGUCAAGGAAGAAGAUUUAUGAUGCCCAAAUUUGAAUUUUCAUUUCCAAAGCUAAAAGGACCAGAGGGUAAAAAGGGUACAUCAAGAAUGGAGGAUAAUAUAGAGAAAACUGAGUAUACACUAACACAUGACAUGAAAAUGGAAAGUAUGUCUGUUGAGGGAAAAGAAGACAUGCCUGGGGCUGCUAAGGAAACUGGGGUCAAGAUGAAGACGCCAAAAGUGCAGAGCUCAGAACAUGAAUUUUCUAUACAAGUCAUUAAAUCUCCAGAGAAUAACAUUGAGAUGGGUGAUACAUAUGCAACAGCAGAGGUGGAUGUGAAACAACCUGAAUCUGACAUGAAAAUUCAAACGACUGAGAUGUUAAAAGAUGGUACAACCAAAGGAGGUUCACCGAUCAAAUUCAAACUUCCCACAUUCAAACUACCCAAAUUUGGGAGUUCAUCUUCAAAAACCAAACCUGAAAUAACAGAAUUGAGAGGUGAUGUGUUACCUUCAGAGGCCCCAGAGACUGAUGUCAGUCUUGGACAAGUUGAUGCCUCUAAACCAGAGGUUGACAUGGAAAUAAUAGAACAAAGUACAAAUAUCCCAGUGUCAAAGGUUGAGGCUGAACAAAAAGAAGUAACAAUUGAUAAUGCCCAAAACAAGUUUAAACUCCCCUCAAUCAACUUGCCAGAGGUUGGAGGAAAAGGUACCAAGGAAGAGAAAAGUAUGCCAGUUUUAGAUAUAGCUGUAAGAGGUCCAGAUACACAAAUAAAAACAACAGAUGAAGCCCUAUCUGCUGAAAUAAAGGAACCUCAUCUGGUCACAGAGGGUCAAUUUGUUAAUGUGAACUUAAAGGUUGAAGAUGUUGAACUUGAAGGACAAGGGGGUAAGUUUAAGCUGCCAAAGUUUGGUAUUGACCUUCAUAAAGCAAAUGGGUCUGUUUUAAGUACAUCAAAGGCAGGGGAUAUAGCUGCUGAAGUACAGGAAACUGAUAUCAAAGAACCAAAGAUAAAAACUGAGGGGAAAGCUUACACAUCAGAACACGAUUCUAAAGGCCUAGAUGUGAAGAUGGUAUUACCCAAAUUAGGGUUUACAAAACCAGAAUUAAAAACCUCUGGGGUUGAUGUAAGUGUUCAAAAAAUGGAUGUCCCAAUACCAGAAUGCAGUGUGGACAUAGAAACAAAUGUAGAUAUCAAAGUGUCAAAGGUGGAGUCAGACCAAAAGGAUUCAAAAAUGUUUGGCUCUCCAACAAAGCAUAAACUCCCGUCAAUAAACUUCCCAAAAUUUGGAGUUAAAUCACAAAAUACAGCAUUAGACAUUAAUGUUAUAGAUUCAGAACUGGAGGCCACAAACACAAAAAUCUCUCAAUCUGUGGUGAAAUUAGAAGUACAACCACUAAAAAAUGAUGUUCAAGAUGAUGACACUGAGAAGAGAGCAAACAUACCUGAGGUUGAUUCCAAAGGAAAAGUAAAAGUGAAGAGACCAAGUUUUUCAUUUCCCAAGUUUGGGUUUUCUAAACCAGACACCACAACUCCACAACUUGAUGUCAGUGUACAAAAGAUGUCUGUACCUAUAACUGAAGGCACAGUGCAUGUAAUAGAACAAACAGCAGAAAUUACACUUCCAGAGGUAGAGGAAGAGGCUGAACAGAAAGAUCUAACAAUUGUUGUUUCCCCAACUAAAUUUAAACUGCCAGCAUUUAACCUGCCAAAAUUUGGAGUCAAGACCUCAAAAGGCACAGUAAAUCUAUCAUCAGCAGAAGAAGACAUCAAAGGAACAGAAAUUUGUGUUCAUGUACCAGAUAUCAAAGUGUCAGGAAAAAUACCAAAAAUUGACACAGAAGAAAUAAAAAAAGAGAUUGAUCUGAGUCCCACAAAAAGAGAAACUGAUUUUCAUCUAGCAGAGGGGAAGUUAAUACUACCCUUACCUGAUGUUGACGUACAGGAUUUAUCCAUUGAAGGCCACGUAGACAUACCUGUGGUUGACACGAAAGGGCUGGAUGAGAAACUGAAGAAACCAAGCUUUUCCUUUCCCAAAUUUGGUUUUUCAAAGCCAGAUAUUAAGGUCCAAGAAGCUGUUGCAAGUCAACCAAAGACUGAUAUGUCAAUCACAGAGGGCCACAUACUUGUUAAAGAACAAGAUGCAGAAAUUACCUUCCCAGAUGAAAUGAACAAACAAAAAGAUCCAACAACUGUAUCUCAGACAAAAUAUAAAAUGCCCUCAAUCAACCUUCCAAGAUUUGGUAUGAAAUAUCCAAAGGAAAAAUCUGAUAUUCCAACAGUAGAUAUCGAAGAACUUGAAAUCAGUUUUCCUGAAACAGGAGAGGAGAAAACAUAUGUGGACAUUAAGGGGCACUCUGCUGAUGUGGACAUUAAGGGCAAAGGGACUGGCAUUGAUGGGCAGGAUAGCAAGUUCAAGCUACCAAAAUUUGGAAUUGGCAUGCCAAAGUUAGAGGAGACAGAAAUGGAGGGCAAAGAAACAAAAGCAGAGACUGGCCUUCUAUCUGAAGAACAGGUAAAUGUACAGCAGCCUGUUGUUGCAAUUGAAGAUGUUACCACUGAGGGAAAAGUAGAUAAAGCUGACAAUGAUUUCAAAGGGCUGAAAGUGAAACUUCCAAAAUUGGGAUUUUCAAAACCAGAUCUUAAGGCUCCUGAAGUUGAUGUGAGUCUGCCCAAGACAGAUUUGGACAUAUCAAUGGGAAUUACUGAGGUUUCAGAACAAUCUACAGAUAUUAAAUCUCCAAAAAAAGAAAUUGUUAACUCUCCAACAAGAUUUAAUCUUCCAUCAAUCAAUUUCCCAAAAUUUGGAAUGAAAGCAUCAAAGGGCACAGUGGACAUCCCAACAGCAAACGUGGACACCCAAAGGCCUGAAGUCAGUCUUCCUAAAGAGGACUUUAAAAUGUCAGGAGAAGUAUCAUGUUGUGACAUGAAAGGGCCAACAGUAAAUAUUAAUGAUGCUUCCAUUGAGGUCAAAUUCAAGGGUGAAGUAAUCGACAAACAGCAACAAGAUGGCAAAUUUGAGAUUCCAAAAUUUGGAAUUGCUCUACCUAAAAUAAAAUGCCCAGACAAUGACCUGGGGAAUGAGGAAACCCUUCGUGAAAUAGAAGGGAAGAUUCCAGGGGUUGUACUAUCCAUAAAAAAUAGAGAGCCAAAUGUAUCCAAAGUGUCAGUGGAAGUGGAUAUGGAGGCUAAAGGUACUGAACUUGAAGUAGACAAAAGUAAAUUCAAACUACCAAAAUUCGGAUUUUCAAAAUCAGAUGGCAAGUCCCAAGAUAUUCAAGCCAGUAAAACAACAGCAGAUGUAUCCUUGCCAGAGGGCUCUACAGAAAUACAGGGGAUUGAGAAAGAUAUUAAGCCACCUAAGGACGAAAUAGAAAUAACAAGUCCACAAUUUGGUUCACCAACGAAAUUUAAACUCCCAUCAAUAAAAUUACCCACAUUUGGAGUUUCCACUUCAAAGGUCAUUGGGGAAGCACCAAAGGAUGAUGCUGACAUCAAGGAAUCUAAAGUUAGUUUAGUGGAUAAUGAGGUAGAGACAUCCAAGGUGGAUCAGUCAGAUGUUGCAGAGGUGGAGGCCACAUCUGUUCAUACUAAAAGAAAAGAAAAAGGAAUUUACAAAGAAGGACAGGACAAUAAAUUUAAACUUCCAAAGUUUGGGAUUUCGUUACCCAAAGUAAAAGGCCCUGAGCUGGAAGUUGCGGCAGUAGAGGUAAAAACAGGAGUACCUGAAGUUGGGAUCACAGAACCAGAAAUGAAGAUCCAAGCAGGAGUAAGUCUACCAACAGUAGACAUAGCUUUACCAGGGGAAAGUGCCAGCAUUCAGAAAAUAGAGGUAGAGACAGAGCUAAAAGAUGAUAAAAUUGUUACAGGUUCUCCAAGUAAAUUCAAAUUACCUGCUUUCAAAAUGCCCAAAUUUGGAAUUUCAGCUCAAAAGACAUCUGACAUAAAAGCAGAAGCGGCAGGGGUCAGUGUACCAGACCCUAACACUGACCUAAAUAUUGAAGACAAGACUAUACAUGUACAAGAUUCUAAAGCAAUACACAGAGAGGGUGAAAUUAAAGGAACCACUGAACAGGCUGCUGCUAAAAAAGUGGAUGGGGACAAAGGCUCACCGAGUAAGUUCAAACUUCCUACCAUAAAAAUGCCAAAGAUGAGCAUUUCAAGAACAAAAUCUCAAGAUGGACAAGAUGACACAACCAUAAAGGCCAGUGCUCCAGAUGCUAAAACAGACCCCAAAGAUGAUAUACAAGGGCCUGAAAAAUCCCACACAUUUACAAUGCCUUCCCUUGGGGAUGUUAUCAAGGGCUUUGAUGUAGAAUUUAAUGUUCCAACAUUAGAAGAAAUUGAAACAAAAAAGGACACGCAUUCUGCUAAGCAAGUUAAUGAGGCUGAAGUCAAAGUUGAGGUAUCAACAGAAAAUAAGGACAAAGGAACUCCAGAAAAAUCCAAAUUUAAAUUUAAAUUUCCAAAAUUAGGAUUCAGCCAGUCCUCAGAUGAAAGUGAUAAGUUGGUGGACUCUAAGGUUGAGGAAAUUGAAAAGAAUAAUGAAGCUUCAGCAGAUCAGAAAGCAGAGGUUAACAAAGAACAAGCAAAAACUGAGAAGGGGAGCUGGUUCAAGUUUUCCAAACAUUCUUCUCCUACCAAAACGGCAAAGACCAAUGAGAAAGAAGUAAUUCAACCACCCGAGGAGGCUGAGAAAAUAUCCGUGAAAGACGAUGUAGAGAAAGAAUCCAUCAAGGCAAAUGAGGAACCUGAGAAGAGCCCCCUGAGUGAGAUUGUGGAGGAGAAUAUCAGCCCAACAUUGUCACUGAGGUCAUCUGAAGCCUUUGCUGAUAUAAGUUCCACACAAACCACUGAGCAGAUUGGCCUGUCACAGACCUCGCCUACUAAAGUAAAAGUAAAAUAUGCUGACCCUACUGCCACUGUUGGCAUCAGUGAAGUAAAUAGGGAUGUUGUGACUUCCACAGCCAGAUGUGAACUGAUAUCAAUGGAGCCUCACCAGCCAGAAAAAGUGAAUAUCCCAUUUUCAUCAGAUAUGUCCUCACCCUCAGUGGACACUCUUAAACAGAUGUCAGGGGAAAUUCAUGUUAUCACGUCGAACAUACAAGCUAUACCAGACACACAGCAAGCAGCAACCCUCACUAAUUUAGAUGUCCAUGGAAUUCACACCUCACCUUUACAAGUAAAACUCGGAUCGGACUCGGUGUUGACAGUGGUGGAAACCAGAAUGCAUCAUGGGGAGCACACUUUAGUGGAAAGGCAUGUUGUGAAAGAGACGUUAAAUGAAGAGACUGUACUUGUGACCCAGAGAACACGUGUAUUUGAAGGAGAAUCUGUAGAACCCAUUUCUGAUGAGACAGCUUCCUCUAUUCGUAGGCUGCGUGAUACAGUGCACACUGAGAAAAUGAAGUUUUUUGACAGUGUAGGGACAACUGAAGAGGUCAAUGAUAAGAGCGCUGAAAUAUCUAUACGAUAUAUGGAUUCCUCUACCGAUGACAAUGAGGGGAAUUGAACAUGAUAUGCCGAACAGCAGUUGUAAAUCGAAUCAGCUGAUUUUAUGCUUUUGAAUGUAUGUUUCAGUGUUCUCUUGUAUAACCAUAUAUGCCAGCUAAAUUGUAUUGCUAAAAAGCAAAGUUGGGCCAGCACUGAUACUUAUUUAUUAAUAUAUUGCAAAGAUGUUUGUUUAGCUAAAUGAGAUAUUUUUUAAAAAGGAAAUCCACUGGAUUAUAUAUAUAUAUAUAUAUAUAUAUAUAUAUAUAUAUGUGCAAGGAAAAAUAGGAAAAGGUUGUCAGUGUGCUAAAUAAUAAAACUAUUAUGGGAAUAUUGUUUACGGUGGGAACUCUGUAAUAUUCAAGCAAACACCAUAUAAAUAGAUAUAUUCACAAACAUUAUAUAUUUGAUGUUGAUAGUAUCACAUAUUAAAGCAUUUAUUUCUUUGAGCUCAUCUAUUUUGACAAAUAUAAAUGCAUAUAAAAUCUGUGUUUCAGCAGCCUUAGAUUUUUUUUUUAAAUGCAAACAAUCAUGUAGCCGACAUAUUUUAUUCAGUUAAAAAGUCUCUCUCUGUCAUCUCUGUUUGCUAUUAACAAAGCAUUUGCACCUGAUGGAAUUUAUGUGUGUCUUUUUUUAAAUGUAUGUAUUCAAUGGAUAUUUUUAGUUUCUUAAUAAGCAAUGACUUAUCUUUUAACAUAUAUAGUCAAAUAAAUCAAUUAAAUGUUGUAAGAACACAUCAUCUGGUCACUGCAAAUGAAGUAAAACAUUACUGUAAAUUAUCCUCGGUGUCUGACUUUGUUUGUGAACAAUUACACAAAAAAAGUUAAACAAUACAGUCAGUAGCAUUUUGUGCACUCAAUAAAGUUCUUUUUGAAAUGUC